AUGGCAAACCUUUCUAUCCCUUAUCGUCAAAUUCGAGCCCAUUAUAACGACACAACAAUAACAGUUUACCAAGCCUACAAGGAAUCUAUCGCCAAAGCUGCAGUGGAAAACCAAAAGCUUAAUGCCUCUCCAGACUUCAAACCAGGUCGUAUGACUUGGAUAAAGCCCAGCUGGGCCUGGAUGAUGUACCGCUCAGGCUACUCCUUCAAAGACCCUGGGCAAUCACGCAUUCUCGCCCUCCGCAUGAAGCACCGAGAUUUCAUCCAUCUUCUUGAAAGAGGCGUAUUGUCAAGUCACGUUCAAAAGCCCGAUCCUGGCGAAAAACGCGAAAAAUCGAAUGAUGUGAGAAUUCAGUGGGAUCCUGAAAGGACGUCAAAGCUGGAAGUGUUGCCGUACAGAAGUAUUCAGAUCGGUAUCCCGGGAGCUCUGAGUGAACAGUGGGCGAAUGAGUGGAUUGCAGGUAUCGAGGACGUCACGGAUAAAGCACGUGAAUUGAAGAGAGUCAUUUAUGAACGGCCUGAUAUCACUGAUGAAGAGCUCCUUGUGCUGGGGUUGGUAUUCGAGGAGAAGCCUUACGAUGUACCAGAGUCGGUGUAUGCAAAGCUUGAGAUGACCUCAGUUACCGCAUCAUAG